AAAAGGACAAGGAGUUGCCGAUUUCUCCCAUCCUAUCGUGCACUGUACGGCGAAAUUCGGCGGAUGACCUUUUGCCAAACGUGGUCAUAUCCCGGAACAUUAAAGACGCUUCAAUCAUCGACAAGAACGAAGACGAAGAAAUCAAGCCCGUCCUUCACGAGUCUCCCUGACUGUUCCAUAAUCUAGGGUUUCUUCGACCUCAAAAUCACUCCCAAACUCCACAGAGAGAAGGGGAAAUUUAGAGAAAUAAGCAUGGUCGGACAUAACCCAAUAGAGGUGGCGAAGACGGUGUUGGAGGUGGCCGACGUUGCAUGGACCGCCGUGGAAUGUUGCCAGCACCUCCACCACCGCGACCCGCAUGAAAAUCACGAGGGUGAUGGAGAUUCUAGGGAUACGACGUCGUUGUCGGAGGAGGAAGAAUUUGAGGCUCUGCGAGCUGAGAAUCAACGGCUGAGGAACUUACUCGAACAGAACCUCAAGCUCCUUCAGAAUCUUUCCGAAUCUCCUUGUUUAUUACAAGAUUGCCCUUCUGAUCUCCAUGACCGUCUCUUGGCUACAGUCGAUUCUACUAGCUUCUUGAGUCAACUUAAAUCCCUCCAUGAGAAAUCGGCUGAUGGAACUGGCUGCAAAUUUCCUUUUAAGGAGGCCUCAGGAGCUGAUAAACAGUCGGCUGAAAUUCUAAUCAAUGUUGAUCUUGAAGAACCAAGUUGGUGGGUGUGGGUUACUGAUGAAAUGGUUCCUAGUAAUGUUGAAGAAUGGAGUGGAAUCGAUAAUGAGAAUUAUGUACUUAUUAGCGAAGAACAUGUGGUGGAUGGGGUGGCCAACUUUAUGGCUAGAUGCAUGCUGUCAAACCCUAAAGCUCAGAGUAUGACAUCUGAGGCGCUGCAGAAGACCCUGACCAAAGCAUUGGGUGGCAUGAACAAGUUUGAGAAGAUGUUACAUGUUUGGCAUGCUGGGAAGAUGUUUUGUGCCCUGUCCACUUGGGGACUUGCUCUAGCAGGGUUGUACAAGACUCGUGCUGUAUUGAGACUCGCUGCAAUGGGGGUUCAUACAUCGAGCAAAUUUGUUUUGAAGGCUCUCUAAAAAUGGGGGCUCGUCUUGUUGAGCCAUAUCGAAUAUAUACAAAAUUCUCCAGUGGGGUUCUGAGUGCCUUCUCUUGUUCAGACCAAAACCACUCAAUUGUGCUUCGCUUGAGAUCUGUUCUCUGUUAAUUGUAAAUAUCAUUGUUGUUUUAUGUUUGAAAUAUUCCUUAUAUCCCCUACUUUGUGGGUUAUUACCACCUCUCACUGUAAAAUAUCAUUUGAUUUUAUCCUUGUGCUUGAUGUUAUGCUUGUAUAUAUAGAAGAGCACAAAAGGAGAUGAUUACACUCGAUUCUGGCUU